UUGAUAUGCAAAGUACGCACGAGUCUCUUGAGAGAGAAUAUGCAUGAACUGUAUUCUGCCCAUAUUGACAACUUGGAUAUGUAGACUUAAUACCUUCUUUAAACGGCAAGGUUCUCUAUGUCUUACUGGGUGAGCUACGACGUGCGGUCAACAUUUAAGCCACAUCCUAAAUCUUUUCGAAUUCGUCGCCCUUGUUUGGAAAGUUCUGCUGGCUGCUGAGUUUGAGGAAGCAUCUCUUGGACAAGUUACUCAUAACUUCCAUGGCCACCAGUUGCAAUCUGAAGUUCAAACCUACAUAAAGGAAAUCAUUCCAUUCUAAAUGAAAGAGCUCUGGACCACAUGGAGUAACACUGGUCUUAAUCGCCGAUAGACUGUUGUUAGCGACAUGUAAAUGAUUUGUGAAAAGGAAAAGAAACAAUUUCACUCCACGUCAGCGAACCUGCGGAUCCUUCAGACUGAGAAUCGGGUUGUCAGCCGGUGGAUCCACUGGGCAGAGCCUGAGCAAUCAUGGGCUGUGGUAAGGUGCUUUUGGGGUUGGUAGGUGUGGUUGUCGUCAUCAUGCUAAUAUCUAUCCCAACGGCAAUACAUUUAAAGAACCAAGGGAGUAAAGCCAAGAGGAUGUUUACAUUUGCAGACUACUUUAAUGAUACCAUUAGGUACAAGAAAUAUGGUGUUUACUGGGUAUCAGAUAAUGAAUACCUCCAUAAAACAAAGGAAGGCCAUGUUUUGAUCCAUAAUGUUGAAACUAAAGAAGUCUCUCCAUUUUUGAGCAACACAACAUUUAGUCAAGUUGACGCCACAGACUAUAUCGUAUCUGCAGAUAGAAAAUACAUUUGUUUUGAAAGCAACUAUUCGAAGCAUUGGAGACACUCCUUCAGCGCUUCUUUCUCUCUUUUUAAUUUGGAAAACUCGAGUUUCAUCACAUCUGACAUCCCCCAAGGUGUACAACUCCUAACUAUGGCACCAUCACGAAGCAUGCUGGCCUACACAUGGAGAUACAAUAUUUAUCUGAAGCAGUCGGCCACUGCUCCGUCAGUACAAGUGACCACCAAUGGAGAGGAGAAUCAGAUAUUGAAUGGCAUCCCAGACUGGGUGUAUGAAGAGGAAGUCUUUGCAUCCAACGAGGCAAUGUGGUGGUCUACAACUGGAAGAUUCCUUGCUUACCUCGAGCUAAACGACACAAAUGUUCACACCAUUGAUUAUUCGUGGUUUGGGAAUGGACAGUACCCAGAAACUAUUGCAGUGCCAUACCCAAAGGCUGGCUCAACCAUCCCCAAGGUGAAACUGUAUGUUAUUGAUACUGCAAAUCCAACGAGGCGCUCACAAGUUGUUGUGCCAAAUUCAUUUGGUUCAAGCGAUCACUACCUGAGCUCAGUCACAUGGGUGACAGAUGAGCGUGUUGCUGUUCAGUGGCUCAAGCGCAAGCAGAACCACGUCCUCUUACAGAUCUAUGACUUCGACGGAGAUAACUGGGUUGAGAACACGAAAUUUGAACAAAUGAGCAAAACUGGCUGGGUGGGCCAAUUCAAUCCCUCCCCUCCAUUUUUUGCAGAGGACAACAUAAGUUUUUAUAAAGUCAUGAGUGAUUCGAAAGGCUACAAACACAUCCACUGCGUCAGCGGUGGUGAAGCUAAACCCGUUACUUCAGGCAACUGGGAAGCCAUCUACAUUUCAAAACUCACCAAAGAUGCUGUAUACUACAUAAGCAAUGAACACAUGGGAAGACCAGGUCAAAGAAAUCUUUAUAAGAUAACCAUCAGUGGGGGUGCACACUCUGCUCCGCAGUGUUUAACCUGUUUGCUGCAUCCGGACAGGUGUCAGUACAACUUAGGGCACAUAUUCAGCCUGAACAGCUCCUACGUCCGCAUGGACUGCUACGGGCCCGGAGUGCCUAUGUUCGCUCUCCUUGAUAACAAAGGCUCUGAAAUUCAGGUUCUGGAGGACAACAGUAAGCUACAAAGUAUCCUGACAGAAUUCCACAUGCCCACUAUUCAACGCGCCACAAUAAGGCUGGCAGGAUUUGAUCUCUGGUAUCAAAUGAUGCUACCGCCAAAUUUCGACAGAUCCAAGAAAUAUCCCCUGUUGAUUUAUGUGUACGGCGGCCCCUGUAGCCAGACCACCGACUUCUCCUUCAGGCUGGGCUGGUCCACAUACCUCGCCAGUGCGGAGGGGAUCAUCGUUGCCAGCUUCGACGGAAGGGGAAGUGGUUACCAGGGAGACGAAAUAAUGCACUCAAUCUACCAGCGCUUGGGAACUUUUGAGGUGGAAGAUCAGAUCUGGGCUGUGAGAAAAUUCAUUGAUAUGGGCUUUAUUGACAAAGAGAGGAUAGCCAUUUGGGGUUGGUCCUAUGGUGGUUACGUCACAUCAAUGGCCCUGGGUUCUGGCAGUGGACUGUUUAAAUGUGGAAUGGCAGUAGCUCCAGUCGCCAAAUGGGAGUACUACGAUGCUGUAUACACUGAGCGCUACAUGAGUCGGCCUGAGGAAAAUGUGGAUGGAUACAAGAACUCAACAGUCACUGCCAGAGCAAAGAAUUUCAAGUCUGUGGAGUACCUGUUGAUCCAUGGAACCGCCGAUGAUAAUGUUCAUUUUCAGCAAGCCGCACAGAUAUCCAAGGCACUGGUGGAUCAAAAGAUUGACUUUGAAACAAUGUGGUACACAGAUAAGGACCAUGGCUUGGGUGGGAGUGCCACUUACCACGUCUACAAUCACAUGAGUCGUUUUCUCCAGAAGUGCUUUGCCAAGACCAAAUAGAUGGAAAAGGAUACAAUCCCUUAUAGCUCUGUGUAGUACAAUUUGUUGCUAAUGUACUUGUAUAUUUGAAUGCAUUUCAGUCAUAUUACUCUGGACUGAGGAUUCCAGUUUGGUUAAAGUCUGUGAUUUUUUGUACAUGUAUCUGGAUUAUUCACUGUGCCGUAUGUGAAAUAUUUUUGCUUAUAGACUUUUGUAUGGACACAUGUUGUGGUUUUCAGUCUCAUAAUGUGAACCCUUUUGAUGUACUCAAAAUCUCCUCAAGAUUUAUGCAUGUAAGGAUGCUCAAAGUUUGCCAUUUUAACAUGCUUGUGACGGAACUAACAUUAUGUUGUUGCACUGAAUGUAAUGUGUGUUGUUAAAAGCUGAAUCUUAGCUGGACGUUGUGUUUGUCAUUUGCGAGCAAAAUCAAAAUGCAUAAACUGAGACCUUGUGACUGUUUCUUUGUAUCCAGAAAAUAAAAAAAACAUUUAUAAA